AUGGUAGAGAAGGCUCUAAAGAGUGUGAAGAUUGUUCCUGAGCAGUUGUGUGUAGAAAGUGAAAUCAGGGGAGAAGUAACUACAGGACCCAGGACUGUGACCACCCCAAAACAUAGAUUGUUGCACAAGCUGGCCAAUAGUGAUUGGUGUAGAUGCCUAAUAGAAGAAUAGGCCCUCAUCAUAAAUGGUUAUCCUGAUAAUAUCACCCUUGAAACUAAAGGCCCAGAUUCCAAACCUAUGAUCAUCAGCACUGAUAAUGUGUUUGAAGUUGACCAUUAUUUCCAAGCUAUGAAAAUGAGAAAUAAUAAUGUUAAUAUUACUAUAUGUAUAUAUAUAUAUAUAUAUAUAUGUUACUGUAACCUGAAUACCUUUGAAGACAUCCCUGAGAAUACAAUGGUACAUGCUGCAGACUGCCUUCAUCAAGUGCAAACUGAAUGACCAUAGCCUCAGACUCUACAGUUUGAUUUCCUAAUGAAAAUCUUACCAAACUGCCAGUACCUAAAGAAGACUAUAAAGGGAAGGUCCACUCCAGUUAAUAACUCAGAGCAAUAUAUGAAAAGAUAACGUUCAUCAGUGACCA